CAUGGACAUGCUGUCACAUCAGGCCAUUUCGCCUCACGAGAAGUAUACUGCUCGUGUGAUUCGAACCGGUUGAAAACGACGGACAGAGAUUCUAAAGUCUUGUAUAGGGUCGGUUAUACCCGGCUACAUACCGUCAUGCUAUCCCACGCGCUAAAACAAUUUUUUUCCCCUUCAACAUCUCAGCCUGAGCCUGGCGGACCUGGCAAGUGACUCCGCAAAGCGGACCAAGAUGCAAUGCUGCAUCACUGGUACGGGGCGGUAAGUAAAAUAUUAAAAUCUCCCGGGUAUACUGUGUUCAUCCAUGAUGUUUCGAAACCUGAAAUGUUUUAUGUCGUUGAAUCGAAACCUAUACCCUGCGCAACUGGGUCAAUAAUUAAGACAUAUCUCGUUCAUUGUGACCAUCUCAUCCUGCAUGUCAGUUCCCUCAAUACGACAUUGCGGCUUGUCUGAUUUAUCAUUUUCGAGUUUUCGAUUUAUGUGCUUCAAUCCAUAUAUUCCCACGUCAUAUGGUCCUUAAGGACGACAAUCAGCCGCCAUGCUCAAUGCACAGGAGACAAAAUUAGUGAAGGAUACGAUCCCCGCUCUCCGUCAACAUGGAGAGCACAUCUCAACCGUCUUUUACAAGACGAUGUUACGCGAUCAUCCCGACCUUCACAACUAUUUUAACAAUGUAAACAUGCACACGGGAAAGCAGCCACGGGCAUUGACGUCACUCAUACUGGCCUUUGCCUCUAACAUCAUCAAUAUCAGCGAACUAACCCCCAAGCUGGAACGAGUAGCGCAGAAGCAUGCUUCCCUGAACAUCCAACCCGAGCAAUAUGAAAUUGUUGGGAGAUACCUACUGCGCGCAUUCUCUGCCGUGCUCGGCCCCUCGAUGACUCCUGAUGUCAAGCUGGCUUGGACGAAGGCGUACUGGGUCAUGGCGAAGAUGCUGACGGGUCGAGAGGCUCAUAUUUACCGAGAAUUUGAGGCAUGGAAGGCUUGGCGGAAGUUCAUGAUCUACGAUAAGAAGAACGAGACGAUAGGAGGAAGCAUCGUCUCAUUUACGUUGAAACCGGUCGAUGGCAAGGCCUUACCUACCUUCUUACCGGGCCAGUACAUUACUGUGAGGAUCACGGUGCCGGGUAUGAAGUAUGCGCAGCUUAGACAAUACUCGUUGAGCGAUGCGCCUAGCCCUGACCAUUACCGAAUUACCGUUAAGCGAGACCAGGGGACGAACUGGGACUACCUCUCACCUCGAGACGACAUGACUGUGUCGUCGGCCGCAAGCAGUGCCUCGGAUAGCAGUAUCGGGAGUGUGCAGCCGUGCAGACCCGGCAUCGUAUCGAACUCUCUCAUUGACGAAUUCCACGAAGGCGACACCUUGGAAUUAACACACCCAUCUGGUUCUUUCCACCUUAACCCUAACGUAGAUACCUCGAUGCCGCUCGUGUUAAUAUCUGCCGGGGUCUGCGUCGCCCCGCUCAUGUCGAUCCUAAACACAGUAGUAGAAAGGCGAAUCACUAGGCCCGUCUCGUGGAUUCAAGCGUCGCGACACGACGCCCCAUUCCAAGCGCACGUGGAGAAGAUCGCGAAGAAACAUCCGAACAUGAGGACCAAGUUCUUCAAGUCAAGGUUAUCGGAUAGCGAUGUCCUUUCAUAUACAUCGACCUUCGACAACGACUUCCUCUCUUUGACUGCCGAAGACUUGUAUCUCAGUAACAGGAUGACGGAAUAUUACGUAUGUGGUCCUGAGAAAUUCAUGAUCCAAGCUUCAAAUCACCUACAGAGGUAUGGUGUGCAGCCCGAGAGAGUACAGUUUGAAAUCUUCUCCGUGGGAAGCUUUGAGAUGGCACACGAUUAACUAACGAUGGAAUGAUUCUUUUUCGUAUAUGCGGCCCCAUAGGACCCACAUACCAAGAAGUCAUCUAGCAUGAUGCUUUGUGGUUUAAUUCCUUGGCUGGCAUAUCUCCUUUUGAAACACAGGCUUCAUACUGGUCGGAUUAUAGAAUAGGUACGGUUGAUGUCGGACUAAUGUGAUGGACGAAUACCGGGUAUGGAGGAUACUGGACAUAGAGGAGAAUGGAGUUCGACAACAAGGAGUACAUAUUUCGUUCUAAAGGGCUCUGGAAAGCCGAUAUUUUGCGGGCUAUAUUAGAAACGAUCCGGAAUUUUAAGCGGUAAUCAUAAAAUAGAAGAUAUUAAUCAGCUCACGCUGAAAAAAAGAGGAUUGCCCAAACACUUCAACAAUUUGGGCUUCAUGAAAUGGAUUUCCACCUGGAGCGCGGAAUCUUGUCGAGAGGGUUCAAGGUAGCGUUAUAUCUCUCAUCUCACUGAAUUCAAGCUUACAUUAGAGGGUUUUCAGUUAGAAUAAAGGAAA